AUGCUCAUAAACUCUGAUGAAAACCACUAUAUGCUCCUGGCAAAAAGUCUCCGAAAACUCAAGGUAGGAGGAAUAAUUCCCGAGCCAUAUUCGUUGUUCGCCCCUAAACUUAGGGAGAAAGAUCCUCAUGAGUUCGGUGCGGGGUCACAAAUCUCUGGGGUCGACUUAUUCGUGAAGGUCGCCGGAUAUCACUCAUUAAAUGCCAACCAUACAGCGUGGAAAUUGCUUUCUCCGGAACAGCAAAAGGAGUUUAUCAGCCCACAUCCACAGGUCAAUGUUCACCUACAGAGGAUUGCGCAAGCAUAUAAAGAUGUAGACACUCAUGUUGGGGACAAUCCAUAUUACAAUGCGUGGCUAUAUCCAUGGGAGAUCAUCAAGGACAAGUUGCGAAUGAGAUGGAUGUUUGGAGCAGACAUAUACGACACUCUCAUCAUCGAGGCAUUAACUUUAACCAAAUCACAGACUACCCCAAAAGCGUUGUGGAGGGGAGAUGUAGAAUGGAGAGAAGAGAAACAGGACCUAGGACUGGUACAGUCUGACGAGAUGAUCCUGGUAGACCUGUUUAGGAAACUUCCCACCAAAGUGAAGAAUGAGUACAUACAGCGAAGUAUACGGAAGACCGAAUACUGUGAGCGACUUCGACAGUUCAAUUCGGCCCGGAAAGUGCCCACUACUCCAUUUCAGACUUUCUUCAAGAGCGAAUUUGCGCAAUUGGACUCUGGUAUGUCGUUACAAGAGAAGAGCAAGUUUCUCGGUGUUAAAUGGAAGAGUCUAAGCGAGGAUGAGAAAUCAAAAUUCAAAGGAACUGAAAUUUCAGCCAAAGGACGAAUCCAUCGAGAGAAAUUACUCGACGCGAAAACAGAGAUGGUGAUGGAUUAUAUUUGUGGAGGAUACGUGGAAGACUGGAGUGGUGACUGGCGAGAGUGGAGGAGAGAAGUCGGAGGCGGAAUGUAUUAUCUUGACAAGAUUUACUUUCCAUACAUAGUCCAGAAGAGGGGGUCAGGUAUUGAGAUGUACAAACACCGAAUCUGA